AUGUCAAUACUACUAGACAUUAAUUCUAUUUUUGAUAUAAAUGAAGAGGCUGAGGAAGCUGGUAAGGAAAUUGAUAUGGAUAUAAGUGACGAUGAAAUUAAACUUAUUCUUGAUGCUACAGAUGGUAUUGGGCAUGUAUGGGAAGUUGAAGAAUAUGAGAAAUGGAUAAAAAACCUUGAAAGUGCAGGACUUAUCUAUGUCUGA